AUCCAAAACAGUGUUUUUGGUAUGGGUGCACUGGCGCGAAACCAUGCAGGGGAGGUACUUGCAGCUAUGGCAUGCAAGGGCCAAGGGGCAGUGGAUGCUGAAGUUGCUGAAGCCUGCAGUCUACGGAGGGCUCUUUAUUUGGGCCUUAUUCUUCUCGACUGCAAAGCACUGUUGGCGUCCUUUGAAUCUUGCCGAGUACAACAUGUCCGCCGACUUGGUAAUGCUGCUGCUCACGAACUCGCACGAAGAGCAGUCAGCGCAGAGGCAGAUGAGUUUUGGGUGGAUGCUAUACCAGCUACCAUGUCUAUUGUAACAGGAGAUAUGCACCAUAUUUGAUCAUGUAUUUGCUUCAUGUUUUGAAGUUCUAAAUAAAGCUUCUGUAUGGCUUUUAAAUCAAAAAAAAAAAAAAAGAAAAAAGAAGAAGCUAAUUCACUCACUUCAGGACCCUAAUAUUGUUGAGUCAGAUUUCUUCGAAAAACAAACUAGGAGGUUCAGAAGUCCAUCCUCUGGAAGAUUCCUAUCCCGCCUAUCCCAAAGGCAAAAUGGUUUUCGAUUUGAUCUGAUGCAUCAGGUUAAUGGGAAGGAAAGUUUAUGUAAUGAUGGUGAUCAGUAUGAAGGUGUCUCUGAAUCUGUAUCUAUAUCAUCAACCGAUGAUAGUCCUGCUGAUGGUGAUCUGCAAGAGUCUCAUGAGGUAGUUUCCGUUAUUAAAACUGAAAUUCUAAA